UAUAAGGCAUCGCCCUCUUUUGCCCACCCCCCCAGCACCAGGUGUGGCCACUAGCCUAUAUGAAGGCCCAAAAUUGUGUGUUCCUUUCUGCUCUGACAAUGGCAUGCCCAUUCGUGCGAGAUGUGGUGGAUGAAGAAGCACUUGUGCUGAGGAGAGCCUUCAGGCGAGAAAGGGUCUUCAGGGACCGGUUGGACCCACUGGCCUUCCCUGAUGACCAUCUAUAUGAAAGAUACAGGUUUUCUGCAGAUGGCAUCAGGUAUCUAUGCAGACUACUGGGUCCCAGGAUUAAGCACCGCACUGCACGGAGCCAUGCACUGAGUGUGGAGCAAAUGGUUUGUGUGGCCUUGCGCUUUUUUGCUAGUGGAGCCUUCCUGUACUCAGUGGGGGAUGCAGAACAGCUGAACCAUACCACAAUUUGCCGCACAAUAAGGAGUGUGUGUCUGGCUAUCAAAGCAUUAGCAGAUGUCUUCAUCUCCUUCCCUGGCCACAGAAGACUCUGUGACAUCAAAGAGGAGUUCUAUAGGAUUGCAGGUUUCCCCAAUGUCAUUGGUGCAGUGGACUGCACACACAUAAGGAUAAAAGCCCCCUCAGGUGCCCAUGAGGCCGAUUUUGUGAAUAGGAAAUCCUUUCACAGCAUUAAUGUUCAGAUGGUCUGCAAUGCUGACUGUGUGAUCAGCAAUGUUGUGGCAAAAUGGCCUGGCUCAGUCCAUGACUCCAGAAUCUUUCGGGCCUCUGAAAUCUAUCAGUGCCUAUCACAAGGAGAAUUCUCUGGUGUGUUGCUGGGAGACAGGGGGUAUGGCUGCCAGCCUUUUCUCCUGACACCUUUCACAGACCCCCAGGAAGCACAGCAGGCCUACAACCAUGCCCAUGCCAGGACCAGGGCCAGAGUUGAAAUGACCUUUGGCCUCCUGAAGGCACGCUUUCACUGCCUUCACAAAUUAAGGGUCAGCCCUGUUAGGGCAUGUGAUAUUACUGUGGCUUGUGCUGUCCUCCACAAUGUGGCCUGCCUGAGGAAGGAGAGGGCCCCCAGAGUGCCACCAGCCAUGGACUGGGACAAUCCGGCAAUCUUCCCUGAUGACGACAGUGGUCGGCUGCUGAGGGACCAAUAUGUGUUGAAUUAUUUUAGUUAGUAUGUGUGCUUUCAAUUUUGGUUAAAUAUGUCCUGCGGUGGCAGAGGAAUUUGGGUUUUUUUGGGUUCGUUUUUUGACGAAUUUGGCCUCUUAUGAUGUUUGUGCGGUAUACUGUGUGUAAUACAAGGCUGCAGGGAGGCUACUGCAUCCAUUCAUUUGUCUGUUCAGUUGAUGUGUAUGGAUUUGUCCUGCAUUUAUUUUAGUGUGCAGACAUGCAGGGUGUGUUAUAUACAGACCUUUGAAUGUGUAUGUAUCAUUUUGUAUAAUAUGCUUGGAUUCUGUG